UGGCCUCCCCGGCCCCCGCGCAGACGCCCGCCCCGGACCCUGACCCGGAACCUGACGGGGCUCGGCGCGACGAAGAGCAGUAUGUAGGGGAGGGCCAGUCCGGUCAUCCUGACGUGUGCCAGGUGCCGUCGGACUACAAGGACGCAGAGACCAUCACGGAUGUGUGCAACAGUACCGAUCUGCCGGAGUUCGAGAUUAUCAGCCUCCUGGAGGAGCAGCUGCCGGUUUACCGCCUGCGGGCCGACACCGUCUACGGGUACGACCACGAUGACUGGCUGCACACGCCGCUGGUGGCGGCCGACGCCGCGCUCGACCUGACCGCCGAGCAGAUCGAAGAGACGCUCAAAUACUUCUUGCUCUGCGCGGACAGAGUGGGCCAGAUGACCAAGACCUUCAGUGACAUUGACGCCGUCACACGACUUCUGGAGGAGAAAGAGAGCGAUCUGGAGUUGGCUGCCAAGAUCGGUCAGUCCCUCCUGAAGAAGAAUCGAGUUCUGACCGAGCACAAUGACUACCUGGAGGAGCAAGUGGGCCAAAUCACCGAAGAGGUGGCGCAGCUGCACCACGAGUUGAACCUGAAGGACGAGCUGCUGCAGUUUUACACCAACGCGGCCGAGGAGAGCGAGGAGGAGUCCGGCGGAUCCCCGACGGGGAAAAAGAGUCGCGUGGAAGCAGCCGCGGGAGGCUUCCUGAGCGACACCCUGCAGAGGAAGCUGAAGGAGCUGCAAGACGAGAACGUGUCGCUCCGCUCAGAGGCGAGCCACCUCAAGUCCGAGACGGAGACGUACGAGGAGAAGGAGCAGCAGCUCGUCAACGACUGCGUGAAGGAGCUCAGGCUGUCCAGUCUGCAAAUCUCGACCAUCGCGGAGGAACUCGCCCGCAAGACCGACGAUGCCUCGAGACAGCAAGAGGAGAUCACGCACCUCCUCUCCCAAAUUGUCGACUUGCAAAAGAAAGCCAAGUCGCUUGCCGUGGAGAACGAGGAGCUCUCUCAGCAUCUGAUCGCGGCCAAAGAUGCGCAAAGGCAGCUCACCGCGGAGCUGCAAGAGUUGGAGGAGAAGUACUCGGAAUGCAUCGAAAUGCUGCACGAGGCCCAGGAGGAGCUGAAGAACCUACGGAACCGAAACUACGCCGUGGGAACGCCCAGACGCUUCCAUCCGCUCGGCUUGUUCCCGAUGGAUUCCCUGGCUGCAGAGAUUGAGGGAACCAUGCGGAAGGAGCUAAGCCUGGACGACCCCGAGUGCGAGCAGCAAAAGGUCCACCACAAGCGCGUUUUCGAGACGGUCAAGAACGUGAACCAGACGGUGCGUCAGCGCUCCCUGACCCCGACCGGCGCCAACAUCCCGGGCUCCAACCAGUCCUUGUCGUCGCGCACGUCGCCCAUGUCCAGCGGGCUCAGCAGCCCUCACUCGAGCCUGUGCGGGGGCGACCUGGGCGGCGACGGCGUCACGCUCGACAACCGCGCCCAGAGCAUCCUCAUGGAGACGGCGUCCAAUCAGGAGAGCGCCGAGUGCCGAGAGAAGGCGAGCGGAGCUGAAGAUCUGCGCCUGGCCCUCCGCCGCUUGUCGCUGCGCCGGCAGAACAACCUGAGCGAGCGGCGCUUCUUCGAGGAGCAGCGGCGCGGAGGCGGCCUCCCCGACGCCGCCGGCCAGGGGGGCGUCGCGACCCCCUCGGAAAGCAUCAUGUCGCUGGGCAACCUCCACCUGUGGGCCCCUAGGGGGCCCUACCUGCCCGACAAACUGCAGAUUGUCAAGCCGCUGGAAGGCUCGGCCACCCUCCAUCACUGGCAGCAAUUAGCCCAGCCGCACCUCGGGGUGAUUCUGGACGCCAGGCCGGGGGUCGUGUCCAAAGGAUACCGACCCCUGGAACUCGACCUCGAACAGGUGUAUCCGUGGGGCAGCUUCGAGGAGGACGAAACAGGAGAGCAGUACUUCCAGAAUCUUUGCACCUCCUCAUCUUCGGCCUCCCCGGCCGUGCCCUGCGCCUCCUCCGGCCCGGCUCAGCCCUCGCCGCGUUUGGCUCCGGCUUCUCCGCCUUCGCCGUCCCCGUCGCCGCAUCUCAGCAAUACUGAUGCACUGGCUGCAUAUUAUCCAGGUAAAUGCAUGGCCCAUACAAGCUCCACCUACACCUUCACCACCUGCCGCAUCCUUCAUCCGACCGACGAGCAGACCCGCGUCACGCCCAGUCUGAACGCCGUCCCCACGUCGUCCUGCGUGAUGAGCAGCUCGCUGAUGGCCACGCCCGCCGCGACGCCCUGCACGCCGCGCCGGCUCGGUCUGAGGCCCUCCGAGUCUUCAACAAAUCUCAGAGAUGCCACACGCACCACCAGCACCUGCCUGGGCCUAGUGCGCCUCCUUCAGGAGAGAGGGAUCUCGGCAGCCAUGUACCACCAGAGUCAGGGGCUGGACGCCAGUCAGGCCAAUGAGGGGCUUUUAUUCAGCACCUCCAUUACUCCCAACAAAAUCCCAGACCCCAACCCGCUGCGCCCCUCCACCCCUCCGAACUCCCCCACGGGACAGGGGGCUUCGGCCGUAGCGGCCUCCACGGGUUUUGACUUCAAGAGCCCCUCGUACGACAACUUCCUGGCCUCCAAGCCGGCCCGUUCCAUUCUGAAGGAAGUGACGGGGGUCGUGAGGGGCCGCCAGCGGGGGCGGGACUGCGAGAGCCAGACUGACGUGAGCGUGACCGUGCACAACCUCAACCUGCUGGACAAGGUGAAGCGGCUCGGGGUGGCCGGAGCCAGAGGGGCGAGCCCCGGCCCCGGUCCCAUCCUGGGGGGGCCUCUGGGUGGGCUGCGGAGAUCGGGCUCCCCCUUCGGGCCGGACGGGAUGCGACGGAACAGGAGUUAUCCGGCCAGCAUGGCCAUGAAAGCUCCUGGCCCUCCGGAGUAGUCUUGACGGAGAAGCCAAUCAGGAUCCAGGACUGGCUGCUGGCCAGUCACAUGGUCGCCGGUGACCAACAAAGAACACCAUUUUAUAACCGCUCAUAAGAAAUGACCAAUAUCAAGAAAACUAAUAUAGUAAGGGAGUUAAUAUGCAUGAUUAGAGAUUUUCCAUGGUGCUCGCAGUGGAUUGAGACAAAGCUCUUCCACAAAUUGCAAAAAUAUGUCAGUAAGUGAGAACGCCUAAAAAAAAAAAGGUUGAUAAUUACCAAUGGAGGCCACAAGAUGGCAGCAAAAUCACAAUUGUUGAAACUCCUAGACUCACUUCAACCUAGUUCCUUGGAUAAUUAGAUGCCACGAGGCAUUUCUUUUUAUAUUUGAAAUGGUUUUAACCCGCAGCCAAUAGUCGUUGUCGGCAAAACAAUGGAGGAUAGGUCAUCCAUCCAUUUUCCAAGCCGCUUAUCCUCACAAGAGUUGCAGGAGUGCUGGAGUCUCUCCCAGUUGACUUGGACUACACCCUGAACUGAUCGCCAGAUUUCAUCAACAUUAAAUGCGGAACUUUGGCCACAAUGUUAGGAAUCCCGUCAAAAAUUCUGCAGGAUUCCUAAUGAAGUGGCCCAUGAACUUUAAUACCUCCCCCACACUAAUGGUUUGUUCCAUGUCGACCACUCGUUGUCGUCGUUUAUGUUUGCCGCUACCAUUUCAGUACAAGAAGAGUGAAUAGAAUAACGCUGACUUCAGUAGUAAUAUAUUAUUUUUUUAAAUUAUUUUUAACUUAAUGGUUGGAUCCAUGUUGGCCUUUUUUUUUUUUAUUAUUUUUUAGCUUCAUCCCUCUAACUGGAACUCGUCUCUUUGGAUUUAUAGUCAUCAUUUCUCAUU